CUGAUUCUACCAUCGCCGACGCGAGAAGCUGUUCCUACUUACUGGGGAUAGCUGCUGCUAAACAUAUCCGACUGUGCGGGCGAUAUAAGAGGUAGAUAUCUCGGGCGUGAUGGACGCGAGUUCCCUUGGAAUCCGCCUGCCUCUCCCAUGCUCAGACGCCUCCAGUCCGCGCUGAGCUAUGUGCCCGUCAUUGGCUACUACUACGCGGAGCCGGAAGAGUUCGAUUGGACGACCGCGACGAUUCCAGACUACGAUGAGCUGCCCCCGUUCAAGAACAUGCCUGGGUGCGCGUGGGGCGUGUGGGGCGCCGAGGACCAGCUGGGCACGGUCAAUCUGUUGAGCGAGAAAGCGGUCAAGGUCGCUGCGAAGGAGGAAAUCCGGUCGGGGAAGUGUAUCUCGCUGAACUGGCCGUUGAACUUCCCGGACAAGCCCGCGUUCCACCGGAGAACACCUGAAAUCAAGAUGACCCGGAUGACUGAGCCGGCGCACUUUCACGGGAUUCGGGAUGACGAGAUCCACAUCAAUACCCAAUCCGGCACGCAGUGGGACGGGCUGCGGCAUUUCCCGAUCCUCGAACACCAGGUGUUCUACAACAACACCCCGAUGGACUCCCUGCCGAUUGGGAUCAUGCCCAUUCCGGACCCCAAGGUGAUCGACCCCGCGCAUUCACGGAUCGGAGUCCAAAACUGGGCACAGCAUGGAAUCUGCGGACGCGGCGUGCUGCUUGACCUCGUGUCGCACUUUACCGCCAAGGACGGUUCGCUCGCGUACAACCCGUGGACGACGCACAACUUCACCACGGCGGAUCUGCAAGCGUGCGCCAAGGCGCAGGGCGUGAAAUUCCGGCGCGGGGAUAUCCUGCUCAUCCGUGGGGGGUGGAUCAAGGAGUACUACGAGACCUCGCAGGAGGGACGUGAUUCCGUCGCGCACACACCGGAAGCUUUCGCUGGGAUUGAGGCGUGUGAAGAUAUGAAGCGGUUCUUGUGGAAUAACCACUUCUCGGCCGUUGCUUCGGAUCAGCCUGCUCUUGAGGCAUUUCCGCCAGCCGAAGGCGUGAUCCAUCUGCACCAGACGCUUCUGGGACUUUGGGGAAUGCCGAUAGGCGAAUUCUUCGAUCUCGAGGCGCUGUCCAAAGUGUGCGCUGAGACGGGAAGGUACACCUUCUUUUUCUCCUCGUGGCCUCUCAAUAUCAUCGGAGGAUGUGCCUCCCCGCCUAACGCGGCCGCUUAUUUCUGAACUGAGGGAACGAAGUGACGUUGAAGUCGAGUCGAUACGAUCUAAUCUUAUCUACUUAAAUCGGAUCGAUGAUUCACGAGCCGUCGAUCAAAUAUAUCGCACAGCCACUACAUUGAUUGGCGUUGAC